ACUGUGGUUUGACACCAUCCAUGCACUUCUGCUUCCACCAGAGUGGGAUAUCCCAUUUGGCUUAACUGGGUCAGCAAUUUGUCUGACUGAAUUUCACUUUAAAUAUUUUUUGUGGUUAUCAAACAUAGGCUGCCUUGGGAUAUGACUGUGUGUCGUCUGUAAUUUGCUGUGUGGACAGGAGUAGCUGUGUUGGCCAGCCUGUCCCUGCGUGCUGUCCAUUGGUGUGUGGCACAAGGACAGAGCUGGCUUGAGGCUGCCAAUGCUGGGGGAUGGAUGGAGUGUCUGCCCACCCCCAUUGAUGAUCACUGUGUUCCGUUCAGGAGGAUUUAAAGCAUCAUUGAAAGGGCACAUGUCAUGAAGGGCGUCUAUUCUCACCCUUGCUGUGAUGUUGUUGGUGAGUCCUUAGCUCAGGUUGUACCCAAACUAAGCUACUUUCACCUGUGAAGUUGUCUAGAAAUUCAGAGCUCCCAGGCUGAUGAGGGAAGUAGCAAAUAGUUGGAAUCACACUCGGGCAUUUUAGGAUGGCCUCCUGGUAUCAUCCUUUCAUGUGGCACAUCUGGCUCCAGCACUGGUGUGCCAGGGAGGUCUGUGUGUGCCUUGUGGUUCUGGGUCCUUACACAAAGGUCACAAAGAUUUCUCCAUGCCCCUUCUCUUUUGAGGGCUAGGUUUAUUUCAGAUAAUUGCUCCGGUAAAUUAUUCAUUCUGGUGUUACACAGGAGUGCUGUGAUCAAGGAUUAAAUCAUGCCCUUGCACAGGCUUGCAGUGUCAUCUCUUUCUUUCCCUCAUGAAAUCUUGAUUCAUCUGUACUGGACUUACAUGCUGACCAAAGUAACAUAUUCACCAGUUAAAAUAAUGCUGAUGGACAUCUCUGUCUUUGAAAUACUCUGGAUGUGUAAUUUGAGUUAAUUUUAUUAAGACUGCAGUCAUGAUUGCUGGCGAGGUUUCUGGCUGGCUGCAUCAUUUUACUUUCAAGUGAAUAUCAGAAACCCGUACCAGUCUCAUAUGCUUUUAAUGCAUCUGCAUGUUAUCCUCUUCUUGUACUUGAUCAGAAUAACACCUUCAAGUGCUGGAAUUUAAAAGGCAUUGCUGAAAGUUUACAAACUGUACUUGAGUGACAAUUCCAAAAAAAGCCAAAAAACCAACCAACCAAAAAAACCCAAUUCAAAAAAAACCCCAAAAACUCCCCAAAACAAAACAAGCAACAAAACCCUGAAAGAAUUCACUCCUUGAUUUGUCAGCAGUUAGAAAAAAAUAAUUACAGAGGUUGGAAAAAGAGUUGGUGUUCCAGGUUUAUCUGCUGUCGGGGGAUGUGCUUUAAUGUACUCUCUUGAGGCAUGCUGUGUCUCUAAUUUGUAAAAAUAGGAUCCUGGUAUGACUUGUUCUGUAUCUUAGUAUUCCUUAGUCUUCUGUUGUCUGACCUCACUAUUUUCAUACAUUGAUUUUGUUUUUUGUACUCUUUAAUCUUCCUGAGAUGCAGCUGGGGCUGUGCUUGUGCUCCUGGGUCCCAAAGACCUGACCUGCUGGACUCUCUUUUGUCCAGGCUGUGGAUUUGGGCAGGGCAGCAGGGCACAGAGAGAUGGGAUGUGCUGCCUUGUUCUGUGGUGAAUGAAAUCAACCUUAUUUCCUAGGAAUGAGAAGGGCAAGUUAUCUUUUUUGGUUGGGAAUUAACUGUAAACAUUCAGUCGUUUUGGAAUGUGGGGCUCUGGCUUGGCUAAAUCUUAGUGCUGCCUUUAGCUGGGUGACUGUAUGUUGAAGUUUAUUAGUAAAGAGGAUGGGACCAGAAGUCUUGGGAACUGUGUGGUCUUUUAAGAUGUAAAAAUAAACAAAGCUGAGAAGCUCUACCCUACUUAAAACAGGCUGACCUAAAUUUUCAGCAAUUCUAGCAGAGAGGCAGGCUCUGGGUAGGGAUAAAGGUUUACUGACAACUGGCUUUCCUGUCCUUCCAUCGCUUGCCAUGGUUGACAGGCCACCUUUCACAAAUCAACACUGGUGUCUGAGGUCAUUCACUUCCCCCUUCCCCGAGUUGCACAGCCCAGCAGUGGGUUUGCCGUACAGUCCCCUUGUUAUGCAAGUCAACAGUUCAGCAUCUUCUGGGAAGUCACAGCAUGAAUCUCUACUCAAGUUGCUUUUGUUGGAGUGUGUUGACAACAUGUUAGAUGUCCUCUGUCUUGUCCCUGCAGAGAUUGCUUUUGAGAGUAGGUGUCUGGGAAGUCCAUUCAUACUCUUUGUCUGUAGAUUAAUGUCCUUGCUAUCAGUUGCUGUUCUCCACUACUGAAUUAUUAAUUCUUCAGUGAGAGUUUUUUUCUUCUUAGUGUUCAUUGACUUUCAUGCUUGAUUUACUCUUCUGUGCAGUUUGAAACUGGAGCAUGGGAAUGUUGACUAAUAUUAAUGGAUCACAUGGUAUGACCUCAGAGGUUGUUAAAUAAACUUUUUUAAUUGGGGAAAACGACAUCUGUCUUUUAAAGUACUCAGUUUCCCAGGUGAAAGGUUGCUUACAAACAUGUAUUACCCUCAGAGGCACAUUGCUUGUUAUUCAAGAAAACUGGGGUGUUCAGGCAACUGGUGGAGUGGUUAUGUGUGCUCCAGAGACAGUCCUGUGGAGAGAUAAGAAGAGGGGAAUUGUGUAUCCUUUCAGCAGCCUUCUGUUAAACUUGGAAUACCACAGUUCAAGCACUUGAACAGAUGGAUAAUGGAGACUGGGGAUAUAUGAUGACUGAUCCAGUCACGCUAAAUGUGGGUGGACACAUGUAUACGACCUCCCUCACAACUCUAACGAGAUAUCCUGACUCAAUGCUCGGGGCCAUGUUCAGGGGAGACUUCCCCACUGCCAGGGACUCUCAGGGCAAUUACUUUAUUGACAGAGAUGGACCACUUUUCCGUUAUGUUCUUAACUUUUUAAGGACCUCAGAGCUCACUUUGCCACUGGACUUCAAGGAGUUUGACCUGCUCCGGAAGGAAGCGGACUUCUAUCAGAUUGAACCCUUAAUUCAGUGUCUUAAUGACCCCAAGCCGCUGUAUCCUGUGGAUACCUUUGAAGAGGUGGUGGAGCUGUCCAGCACCCGGAAACUUUCCAAGUACUCCAACCCGGUGGCUGUGAUCAUCACGCAGCUCACCAUCACGACGAAAGUCCAUGCACUAUUGGAAGGCAUUUCAAACCACUUCACCAAGUGGAAUAAGCACAUGAUGGACACCAGGGACUGCCAGGUGUCCUUCACCUUUGGGCCAUGUGAUUACCACCAGGAAGUGUCGCUCCGAGUGCAUCUCAUGGAGUACAUCACAAAGCAAGGCUUCACGAUCAGGAACACCAGAGUCCAUCACAUGAGCGAGCGUGCCAAUGAAAACACAGUGGAGCAUAACUGGACUUUCUGUAGACUGGCACGGAAAACAGAUGACUGAUUCUGACUCCACAGGAGCCACUUCAGUGAUUAGCAACUUAAUUGGACAGUAAACCCAAGAGAGUCUGGAUUUUGACUAAAGCAACAAUAUGGGCUUUUUUUAUAUGACUAUUUAUUGUUUAUCAGUGAGGACUGGAGGAGUUUCAUUCUCUAGCAGCUCUGUUCUAUUGUCCAGUUCAGAAAAAAAACCGUGCAUGUGCCUGUUCAAGUGAAGACACCUUUUUGUUUGAAAGAGGGAGUCCUAAGAAUCAGUACAAUAGGGUAUUUUGUGUCAUUAACACAAUUCUCUGACUCGACUCAAAAGUGCUAAAAUUACCUCUUGUUUAAAUGGUUUCUAAUCCAUCUAAUGCUAUGACACUGGGAGCAAGAAACAAAAAAGAUUUUAAAAUGCAGUUGGGGAGAAGCUGCUAUUGUGUAGACUAAUUUAGUUUCUAAAUCAAUAAACAGUAUUGUAAUAUUUUAGGAAAACAAAUCCCACCCUUUAAAAGUACUUGAUAAGUACAG